GUCAAUAAAACAUGAAACUACCUGUCAGAAGCCUGCUGGCAAUCCGGAGCGCAUCAACUGCUGUGGCAUCGGCCGAAAACGCUGUCCCGGCUUCCGUUCCAGCAGCGACUCUUUCCUCCGAGUUCUUCGAUCACAUUCGCCAUCAAGUGUACGGGGACUUGAAAAAAGUGGACAAAGUCGUGGUUUCAGUGAGAACUGAGGAUAAGGCUCAGCCAGUUCUUGUGAAUCGGAAUGUGUCCACAUCAUUUCACUGUUUUAAUCAUAUCUCCAAGCACUUCGCCGACGACGCCGUACUCGUGGAAGUUCAUCCAUCCGUUGGCGGCGCCUACUUCAGCAGCGUCAAUCAACCACUUCAAGAUCAAGCCGAGAUUCGAAAAAUUGGAUUCGAUUCUGCUGAGGACGUGAAUUUAGUGAAUGAUGCCUACUGGAGAUCUUGUUCGCUAGUUACUGCUGCAUUCCUGAAAGAAGCUCUGGACGUGGACGUGGAUUUCAGAUUCCCACGUGGAAAUAUUGAAAAUGGAUAUUUUUCGGUGGAUGUGAAGGGAUUGAAUGGGAACGUUUUCACCUUGGACGAACUUAACACGAUAAAUCGAUUCGGUAAAUCGUACAUCCGCGAAGAGAAGCAAUUCGAGGUGAUCGCAGUGCCAACGAGUGUAGCAGAAGCAUCAGGAAUCCACGGCGAUCAUCUAGUACGAAUCGGUCGCCAAGUGUUCUCCACAGAUGGCCCAUGCAUCAAUUCGACUCGUCAAAUCGGCCGCUUCACGAUUUUCCGAUCAAAAUCAUCUGGCAAGAGUGUGAUCGUCGGCGGAGUGUCGAUUCCCAUGAAACAGCCGACUUCAUCAUACUCCUGGAGCCUCGUCGCCAAGAAUGCAGUGCAGAAAUUUAGUAAAAAUGCAUGAGAAUUGAAAUUCAAUAGUUUUUUAUAGCUAGUUUCUGAUUGUUGUUUUUCUUUUUUGUUACUUUUUUCUGUUCAUUAAAAGAACAAAAAUUAUAAAGCUCUAAAUAAUUU